CAAACACAAACACGAACAGAAGCAAAAGAAAGAAAUUGAGAGAGAUCAAGCAAAAAGAAAACAAAAGCAAUGGCCAGAUACGAUAGAGCUAUUACAGUAUUUUCACCGGACGGUCAUCUCUUCCAGGUGGAGUAUGCUCUGGAAGCCGUGCGCAAAGGCAACGCAGCCGUCGGUGUACGUGGCACCGACACCAUCGUUCUCGGCGUCGAGAAGAAAUCCACUGCCAAGCUCCAAGACUCCAGGUCGGUUAGGAAGAUUGUGAGCUUGGAUAAUCACAUUGCAUUGGCUUGUGCUGGGUUGAAAGCAGAUGCUCGUGUCCUGAUAAAUAGGGCUCGGAUUGAAUGUCAGAGCCAUAGGCUGACUGUUGAGGAUCCAGCGACUGUUGAGUAUAUUACUCGUUACAUUGCUGGUCUUCAGCAGAAGUACACACAGAGUGGCGGUGUGAGACCUUUCGGUCUUUCUACUCUGAUAGUGGGUUUUGAUCCAUACACUGGCAUACCAGCACUGUAUCAGACUGAUCCUUCUGGGACAUUUUCUGCUUGGAAAGCUAAUGCAACUGGAAGAAACUCUAAUUCAAUGCGGGAGUUUCUUGAGAAGAAUUAUAAAGAAACUUCUGGGAGAGAAACUACUAAGCUUGCUAUUCGAGCAUUGCUUGAGGUUGUUGAAAGUGGAGGGAAAAACAUAGAAGUUGCUGUGAUGACAAAGGAGCAUGGUCUAAAGCAACUUGAUGAAGCUGAAAUUGAUGCCAUUGUAGCCGAGAUUGAAGAAGAAAAAGCUGCUGCUGAGGCUGCAAAGAAGGGUCCUCCCAAGGAAACUUGAAUUUGAGUGUAUUUUUCAGUUUUCUUAUCGUUGUACUUCACCUUGCUCUUUCACAUUUCAGAAUUUAUUUAUAUCAUGUGUGGUUUACUUUUUUGCAACUGGAACCAUUUGUUACUGCUUUUGGAUUUUGCAGUCAUGA